UCAUAGGCAAUGAUAAACCUACGAAAUGGCGGGCUGGUUGUCGAUGGUCUUGCUGGUGCUACAUGUGGUGUCUGUUUUCUCAGAGGAGACCAUACUGGAGUUUUCCACAGAUACGCCCAUCAAUAAUGUGGUACAGGACCCCAACACCGGGCGUGUAUACUUGGGGGCUGUCAAUGCCAUUUACCAAUUGGACUUUUCACUAAAUCUCGAGGCUAGAACUGAAACCGGGCCCAAGAAGGAUGCAAGGGGUUGCACGCCACCAGUAUCUACCUGCCAGGACCUAAAAGACACAAAUAACACUAAUAAACUCUUGCUGGUUCAUUCGCUUAACGAGUCGUUGAUAGUUUGUGGGAGUUUGUACCGGGGAAUCUGUUCUCUGCUCAACCUUACGAAUGUCAGAGAACAGAUUUACUACAGUGACAGCAAAGGGGAACGGACUUACGCCGCCAGCACCGAGGAUCACGUUUCUGUGGUGGGCGUCAUGGCCAAGCUUAAAGAAGAAAAGUUUGCAAGACAGUUUGAUGUCUUUUUAGUUGGGAAGGGCUAUGGAAGCAUGGACAGCUCUAAACUUAUCAGCACCAGAAUCGUGGAGAACUAUCGCGACUGGGUCGUGUUCGAAAGCAUCAUCGAGUCAUCCAUGGUUCAGGCGAUACCCUUUGCCGCCAAGUACCUGCACGAUUUCCGCUUUGCAUUCAAAAGUGACGGUUUCGUUUAUUUCCUCUUUUCACGCACUUUUGGCGGAGCGGACAACAAAAAUUUUACCUUCGUUUCUCGCCUAUGCGAUGACAAUCACUAUUAUUCUUACACGGAACUUCAGCUCAGCUGCGGCACAAGAAAUCACUACAACAAAGUUCAGGCUGCUUACGUGACCGAGCCAGGGAAGGAGCUGGCCCACGUCAUGUCCGACUCGGGAGAGUACGGAAAUGUGGCUUGGGAUAAAGUCCUGUUUGUGGUGGCCAGUUCGGAGGAAGGGGGAGUAGAAUCGGCUCUGUGUAUGUACCCCCUUAAAAACAUCAACCAGAAGCUGUUGGACAUUGUUACCGCUUGUUACACGGACAACGGCAAGAUUGAUGGCAAAUUAGUGGUGGAGAGCCCUUACACAGCCAGCAAAGAUGACCUAUGUGUCAAGCACGACAAAGACAUCGUAGACAGAUUCAAGUGUGGAGCCGAUUUUCUUCCGUCUCCAUUGGCCAGUCGGCAGGAGUUUGCUUUGAAAGCCAAUCCGGUCUUCAUCAGGCAAAAUUUGUUGACUGCGGUGGCCGUGGCGGUAGAGAACGAUCACACUAUUGCCUUUCUGGGCCACAACGCUGGAGAAGUGAUCAAGGUACAUUUGUCAAGCCAACCGGAGCCAUACAACCCCGGUCCGGGCUACAAAACCAGCGGCUACAUAAAUAAAAACCUUUUCUUUGACAAAAGCCAGACGCACUUGUACAUUACCACAGAGAGAAAGAUCACAAAGGUACCUGUGCAGGCCUGCCAUCUGAAGGACGACUGCCAGUCUUGUGUGGCACAGAAAGAUCCGUACUGUGGCUGGUGUGUCCUGGAGGGAAGAUGCACCAGGAGAUCGGAGUGCGGCCGUGCGGAGGAAAAGAACGGCUGGCUGUGGAGUCCAAAGCAAGAGUGUGUGAAAAUCGUCUCUUUCCACCCUCCAAAUCUCAGCUGCUUGAAGUCCCAGCAGGUGGAUAUAAACGUCCGUGGGCUUCCCGUCCUCAGAGACUCGGACCGUAUCCAGUGCACUUUCGGCUCUUAUCAAAGCACCGGCAGGAUGGUGGACGGCAGGGUCAGUUGCCGCUUGCCUGAUCCGCAGCGUAUACCUCCCACACCUGAGAAUCAAGAUUUCGUGGUGGUCUCAGUGAAGAUCUCCGUGAACACCAGCGUGCAGGUGGCGUCCAGCGAGUAUAAAUUCUACAACUGUGCAGCGACCGUUCGGAAAGCAGAAAAUACGCCAUGUUCGUCUUGUGUAAGCAGCACCUGGGGCUGUCAGUGGAACGUUGCGGCUCACACCUGCACGGAUCUGAAUGAUGCGGAGACCGGAGCCAGUAUAAUCAAACCCAAACAGGUGAAGAGCUGUCCACGCUUCGAGAACCCAGAUCCUAUUCUAAUUCCGGUCGGAUACAAAACACGGAUAAACUUUGAGGGCAUUCAUUUGGACCCGUACAAGGGCCGUGAUUUUACCAUCGGAACAGAGCUGGUGAAGUUUGAGGAAGAUGUGAAGACCGAGUCUGCACCCUUUUAUUCCUUCAGUGGAUAUCUGUUUUCCUUUGACAAAGCUCACGAGACCGCAGUGCUGUUCCACGUGAGGGACAAAUACACACGAAAAAAGAUCGACAGCAGUCUUAACGUUACUCUGUAUAACUGCUCAAUGGGACGCGAGGACUGCAGCCUGUGUAAAAACGCCGAUCCUAAAUACAUGUGCGUGUGGUGUACUCAUACGAGCUCAUGCGUGUACGACCAGCUGUGUGCAUCCAAAGAGCCCGAGGAGUGUCCCGACCCCCAGAUCACUGACAUCACGCCGAAAUACGGGCCCUUGAAGGGGGGAAUAGCGGUCACUAUUAAGGGCUCCAACCUGGGAAUUCAGAAAGAGGAUAUUAAAAACAUUACCGUGGCUGGAGUGCCGUGCAAACAUUUGGGGGAACGUUACUCCGUAUCAACCAGUGUGGUUUGUGAGACCGGCCCGGUGAGUCUCUACAGAAGUGGAGAGGUGGAAAUAGAGGUUGCCAGGGGGAAAAAAGGCGUAUCCACAAAAUCUGUCCGCUUCACCUACAGGGACCCUAUAGCAAAGGAUGUGUCUCCUAAACGGGGUCCAAAAGCAGGAGGAACUAUACUUACCAUUACUGGCACAGGACUCAACACGGCUUCAAAGACAGACCUUCAGAUCACCGUCGGCGGCGUGGCCUGCAAAGUUCAGAGUUUCGGAGAUGAGAUCACGUGUCAAUUGGAUAAGUAUACGGGGGACGCGGUUCCUUCUGCUCGUCUCGCUGUCAACAUUAAUUACGGCAGACACACCUCCAUCAGCGUUGACAGCAUCUACCAGUUCUCCCACAAUCCCUCAGUGUCUGACCAUCAGCCUAGAAGCAGCUUCCUCUGUGGUGGCAGAAAAAUCGCGGUGUUCGGUUCUGGAUUUGAUCUGGUCCAGAAAGCCACUAUGAGGGUUGUGGCGUCCGCUGGAGAAUGGUCUGGUCACACCACGCCAGUAGAGUUUGUAGAAGCGUCCACACAUAAAAAUGACACGGUGAUCGUGUUCAUGUCCCCCACCAUCAAUGACACCUACGAGUUCUUCAGGACGUAUGUAGAGCUGGAUAACCUCAAAACCGAGCUGACGCCGUUCGAGUACCACCCUGACCCGAGCUUCCAUAAGCUCAGUAAGACCGUCAUCACGGAGAACAGCAUGAUCAUCGUCACUGGUAAUGGGUUUUCCAAAGCGAUGACAGCGAAGGAGGCACAGGCGUUUGUGGGAGACGUUCAGUGUAAUGUGAACACGCUACAGGAUGAUAAAUUGUUUCUGGAUCCGCCAUCAACUGCACCCAGAGCUCGAUCAAAGAGACAGAAACGAGACACCAGCUCUGAUAUGCUAGACCUGCUGAUUAAGUUUGGGAAUGGCGAGUGGCUGGUUGGCUCUGUUCAGUACGAGAGGAAGUUCAAUCUCCCACUGCCAAUCAUCAUCCCUGCGGUGGUGGUCCCCAUGCUUCUGAUCAUCGCCAUCUCAGUCGUCUGCUACAGGAGGAAGAGUCAGCAGGCGGAGAGAGAAUAUGAGAAGGUGAAACAUCAGCUGGAGAAUUUGGAGGAGAGCGUUCGUGACCGCUGCAAAAAGGAAUUCACAGAUCUGAUGAUCGAAAUGGAAGACCACACAAACGACAUAAGCGAAGGCCGGAUCCCGUUCCUGGACUACAAGACGUACACGGACCGCGUCUUCUUCCUGCCCUCUAAAGAUGGUGCCAACGACGUCAUGAUUACCGGCAAACUGGAUAUCCCAGAAUCCCGCAGGGCAACGGUCACCCAAGCCCUGAACCAAUUCUCCAACCUUCUCAACAGCAAAACGUUCCUCAUUAAUUUCAUCAGAACACUUGAGAGCCGUCCAGAUUUUAACGCCAGGGCCAAAGUCUAUUUCGCAUCUCUGCUGACCGUUGCACUUCAUGGUAAACUGGAGUAUUACACUGAUAUUAUGAGGACGCUUCUACUGGGGCUCAUGGAGGAUUAUGUACACAGCAAAAACCCCAAACUACUGCUCCGCAGGUCUGAAACAGUGGUGGAAAGGAUGCUAAGUAACUGGAUGUCAAUCUGUCUAUAUCAGUACCUAAAGGACGCUGCAGGAGAGCCGCUGUAUAAACUCUUCAGAGCCAUAAAACACCAGAUCGAGAAAGGACCCGUGGACUCGCAAGUCAAGAAGGCCAAAUACACUUUGAAUGACACAGGAUUGCUCGGAGAUGACGUGGAGUACAGCGUGCUGACACUGCAGGUGCUGGUUCAGGGGGAGGGGCCUGACGUCACACCUGUAAAAGUGCUGAACUGUGACACCAUCUCUCAGGUGAAGGAAAAAAUCCUCGAACAAGUGUACAAAAACCUACCCUACUCACAGAGACCCAAAGUAGACAGCGUUACGCUCGAGUGGCGUCCCGGUUCCACAGGGCAGAUCUUGUCAGACCUGGAUGUGACAUCACAGAAGGAAGGCAAAUGGAGACGCAUCAAUACGCUGGCGCAUUAUAAUGUGCAAGACAACGCAACGGUGAUCCUGUCCAGAGUUCAGCACACACAACAGUCAUACGACCAGAAUCACGACAACCAUGAAGAGAGAAAUGCCCUGCUGGAGGAUGAUAAAGUUUUUCAUCUGGUUCGACCGGCUGAUGAGCUGGAUGAGAUGAAAUCUAAGAGAGGCAGCAUAAAGGAUAAAUCCAUGACCAAAGCCAUCACAGAGAUAUAUCUCACACGACUGCUCUCUGUUAAGGGUACACUGCAGCAGUUUGUGGACGAUUUCUUUCGCAGCGUGCUCUGCACUGGCACCGUCGUUCCUCCGGCAGUUAAAUACUUUUUUGACUUUCUGGAUGAGCAGGCCCUGAAACACGAAAACGUAGACGAGGAGACCAUACACAUCUGGAAAACCAACAGUUUGCCUUUGCGUUUCUGGGUGAACAUCCUGAAAAAUCCUCACUUCAUAUUCGACGUGCAUGUGAGCGAGGUCGUGGACGCCUCUCUGUCCGUCAUCGCUCAGACCUUCAUGGACGCCUGCACGAAAACCGAGCACAAACUUAGUCGGGAUUCUCCCAGCAACAAAUUACUCUAUGCAAAGGAGAUCUCCACCUACAAACGGAUGGUAGACGAGUACUAUAAAGGAGUCCGACAGAUAGUGUCUGUCAGCGAUCAGGAGAUGAACACACAUCUGGCUGAAGUGUCAAGGGCACAUACAGAUAAACUGAACACGCAGGUAGCACUUCACCAGCUCUAUCGGUACGCAAGUAAAUACUACGAUGGGAUCAUUAUGUCUCUGGACGAAGAUCCUGCCGCUCAGAGUAAACAGUUAACACUGAAACUGCAACAGAUUGCAGCCGUUUUGGAAAACAAAGUGAACGACCUUUAACCUUAUCAGUUGCGCGAGAGAGAGAGACUAUGUGCGUGUAUUUAGCUUAUAACUAUAAUCAGAUGUUCAGAUUUCUUCUUGUGUAGAAAGACAAAGGUUUUAUGAAUUGUAUUCUAUUAUUUUUUUAAUGUGCAGUCUUUAUGCAGAAAGCUUUAUAAGAGGAAAAUAACUUUUUAGACAGCCUUGUGACAAUUGUUUUUAAAGCUUGUAUGCGUGUGCGUAUGUGUACGCGUGCGUGCGUGUGUGUGUAUAAAACAAGAUGCCUAUAUUUUGACCAAAAGGGAUCACCAGUAACAGUAUGUAUGCAGGAGUUCUGCCUAAAGUGAGGUCACGUCUGGUAUUGUCCAAUCAAAAGCAGCUGAUGGUGACAUCACAAGCAUCACAUUCCACUACUGUUUAGGAAAAGUAUGCACUAUGCAUAUGCAGUAUGCACUAAGCAGUACGCUAGUAUUUGAUUCAGGACACGGUUGCAUACAAAAAAUCCAUUUAAUUUCUGUUUCAAUUUAGCAAUAUGGACCAACUAGUAGACCCCCAAUGUAUUUACAUUUAUGCAUUUGGCAGACGCUUUUAUCCAAAGUGUAUGUUUUAUCAGCCUGUGUGUUCCCUGCGAAUCGAACAUAAGAACAUUUGCACAGCUAACACAAUGCUCUACCAACUGAGCUACAGGAACAACUAAAUCAAUAGACAAUAAUAAGAAAUGAGUCAUAAAGCAUGUUAUUUUUAGUUCGUUUUGAUGAUGAAAGUUAUUACUGUACAUACAGUAUGACAAAUUGUUGAUGUACAAUCAGUUUUGCAGUGCAUUACGCAAACACAAAGUGCGUCAACGCAAAUGGCUAUAAAAUUUCACGCAGCAUUGCGUUCAAUAAGGUGUCAGCACACAAUUCAUACUGUAGUGCAGAUUACGUACGUGUUUCAUCCUACAUAAUGUAAAGAACAUUCUAAUAAAAUAUAACCUUGAUAUAUUUAAUACUGAUUAAGUCAAAGAUUGAAAUUUAAGUGUUAUCAAUGACUGAAAUCAAACUCACCGUGAGCUUAUGAGGCUUUAAUCUGUAUUUUACAGACAGGAUCACAUUUGGUUAAAGUUAUUUUUUGCGUCCGGUUUAAUUAAAGGUGGUGUGUGUGAGUUUUAGCAUCAUCUAGGGGUGAGAUUGAGAAUUGCAACAAACAGCUCACCCCUCAAUUUCAAAACGCAUAUGGUAACCCCCACGGGACAAACAUGCAUCGUCUGAGACAAUGUAGGGAUAAAACGCAUUCUGUUGAACAGUUUUUUUCGUUUAGGGCUACUGUAGAAACAUGACGGCGACUUUCAAAGGGACCCGCGGUGUAUACAGAUAAAAACGACUCAUUCUAAGGUCGUUAUACACCACUAAUAAUUUAGUUAUGUAUAUUAUAUUGCAUUUCCGCCAAGAGAUCCUUCUAUAAAAUGCACCUUUAAAGAAAACACUUGUUGUUUCUUAGUGCAAAGUAAUACAACAACACACAUUAAAUAGUGUACAUACACCGGGAUAGCACACUGCAAUGUGUUGGUCAAGCAUUUGUGUCUGCAUACUAGUUGAGAUUAUGUUUCUGGAAUUCUUUCAACACUUUCAUUUGAAUCUUUCUGGUGUCAAAGUUUUUGUGUAAUUGGACGGCUUUCGAUGUGUAAUCUGGAAUGUGAAUGACUUUAUUUUGGCAGAGAGGAUAAUCAUGCACUAAUUUGUUUGUUGUUUGGCACUUAACAAGAUGGUACUAUAAUCUUAGCCAAAAUUCUACUCGGAGGGAAGCUUGUAUCAUUGUUUAUAGCUUUUUCAUGUACAUUAUUUUGUAACAGUCAAUCAUGUCUGUGUUACACUUUUGAAAGGCCACGUGAAAACUGCAUUUUUAUUGAUAUACCAGAAGGCUCAAAGCCAUGGAUUAGAACGUUAUGAGACUCAGAGGAAAGAGGGUUUUAUCAUUUAGAAGUAGGGACAUUGUCGUCUUGGACAAAAAAUUUGUUUAGUACAAGAUAAGUAAUCGCUGUUUUUAUUCUGACAUUCUUUCGCCUAAAAAUAUAGUCUUUAUAUAAUGUUGAAGGUAUGUCAUCUAUCACUGAUCUAAGAGCAGUUUUUAACUGGCUUGUGAUGUCAAACCAUAGACUGUAACCGUGCGUAGUUGGACGCUUGAACAUUUGAAUUCACUCGCUUAAUUCUCACGUGAAAGCCGCGCAUGAAAUUCUAGUCAUUCGGUAAUUCACGUGGAAAUUUGCGUCAUGGGAGGGGCUUCUGAGACUCCGCUGAGACUCCGCUCGCUUCCUGUAAUCAGGUCACUACUGCAGCAAGGUCCUGAUUGGUUAACGCGGCGCGGAAAUCUGCCGAAGUUCAGAUUUUGCAACUUUCACGUUUCCUGCGGCAAUGCUCAAUUCGCGCAGAACACGCAGCGCCGCAGGAUGCCUAAUCGCAUCUUUGCAUUGACUUCACAUGUAAAUCACCCGUGCUUGCCACCUCUACCGCGGCUGGUGUAAACGCAGCAUAAAAUAGAUGGACGAUGUGUCUCCACAGAUUAUAAAAAUUGUAAAUGGCGAAACCAAAAUAUCUAAAAAAUACCCGCUGACAUCUUGCACCGAUGACGUCAUUUAGAGCCAGGUUCUGCACAGGAGUGAUUGUGAGGUGGAGCAGUGGUAUCAAGCCCCGCCCAUUUCCUUGUUCAAUCGCAGACACACAAAUCAAGUUGGCACACCCCUUUUAACUCUUUCCCCGCCAGAUUCAAAGAGAUCCUCAAAACUUACACGGACAAACAGCUGUUUGCCCUAGGGCAAUACUUCCUGGUUUUAUAAGUUGCGGAACCACCUGGUGGAUAAUAGCAGUAUUGCAGAAAGCCGGAAAUACUCGUCAUUGGCAGGGAAGCAUUUUCUUUUAACUCUUUCCCUGCCAUUGACGAAAUAACUCGUCAAUUAAGAGAAAACGCUACCCUGCCAAUGAUGAGAAUUUCCGGGUUUCCGCAAUACCGCUACUAUCCACCAGGUGGUUCCGCAACUUAUAAAACCCGUUUGUGGCGCACUUCCGCAACUUAUACAACCCGGAAGUAGCGCCUCACGUGAAAGAGAAAGAACUCCGUGUAUGUUUUAAAGAUCGCUCUGCAUCUGAUCUCUACCAAAAGUCCUUCACAAAAAUGGAAUUAUCUCAGCUCUUUGCUAAAAAUUGGGUGUUUUUGAAGAAACCUACCCAUAUUUAAAAGGUGAUAAAAAGAGAACUAAUGAAGGUAGGAUAAAUUUUUUUUUAGUUUGAAAGCAGAGGGUCUGUUCUUUCAUUUGAUAUAUUGUUUGUUUAUAUAUUUAAAGAAGAACAUUUUCGGGAAGGCAUUAAACUUUUGUGAAAAUCAUGAAUAAUGCUGGCGCUGGCUAGCAACCUUUUUUUAAAACGCUGGCGGGGAGAGAGUUAAUUGAUACUCGUCAAAGGCGGGGAAAAGUUAACUGCUUAAUCCAAGAAAAACUAACACUUAAAUGUACAUCAAAAUAAUAAAUAAUUAAAAUAACGCAAACCCAUUUUGUUUUAAGUGUAAUUUCAUUUUUAAGUUUGACUCAUGUCGCAUUUGUUUACAUAGAGAGGGCGGGGUUUAUGACUUUAUGACUACCGCCAGCCAACAAGGGGCAAUCAAAAUAUUUUUGCAUAACUUUUCAGGAUGUGUGUGGCACACCUGCAUCAAACAUUUAAGUAUUUAAUCCUGAUCUUAAAUCGGCCUUAACGUCUGUCCCAAGGUUUGAUUGACAUCAGGCCUUCUCGCGCACAGAUGGCUUGAUGCGUUGGCCGAUAGGACUCAUGCUUUUGAACACAGUUAGGAAGCGUGAAGCAUCUUGGCACGACCCUCUCUCUUCCCCCCGCUCGAAUAAAACCAGCGGGAGACGUGUUUGAUUGUAAUUGCAUGUGUGAUCUUGACUCCGCGCUUUAAAAUCUAAUCGUUCCUGUUUUUUUAUUCAAGAGCACAAACACUGAUGCAAGUAUCCGUAGUUUAAUGUAAAAUGCUUCGUUUAAGCCUUUCUGUAGCCAAAACGUGCCUUAAAGUGUUUAACGGUUAUCGGUACGGUGGUAUUGAAGAUAUCUGUCAAGGGUUUGGGUGGUAGGGGGGUCUUGGCCAUAGUUGUCGGGUGUGUAGAGGUCAGGGGUCGUAGAGUUUGUGAAGUGUGGUGUUAGACAUAUGUGCAGUAUUUAAAGGUGUGCUGUAGCCAGAAUAUGCCAAUCUAUUUGAACAUGCUGUAUGUAUAGAGCAAAAUCACAGUUUUUGAAAAAUGUACAAGUCUUUGGGGUGUUUGUUGUGUGUGUGAGUGAGCGAGUGUGUGUGCUUUUUAUGAGUUUUACUGCAUUGGAAAACCCUCGAACGUUUGGUGAAUGGUCCAAAUCAUUUCCUACAGACGGCUGCCAUUGUGUUUGGUCUUUAUGCAAAAAGAGUUAUAGAUUAGCACAAAUGUUUUUAUUACUGUACCCAAAAUUGUGUUUCAAUGGUGUGUAUGAACAAAUAAUCUGUACACGACCUUUGCUUACUGCUGUGCAGUUAAUAUUAUGAUUUUAUGUCUUAAUGAAAAUAUAUGCCUUUGUAUUAAAAAUGCAAAUCUGUUCACACUGCUGUCCUGUGCAUUAUGCUUCAAGGAAACUUUUGUGUUUUGUCAAGAUCUUUCCUUUUACUCAUGAAUAUGUCGAGAGCAAAGCAUUCUGGGGGUGGGAGUGAAAUGGGCAUGGCUCCUUCAGACAUGGCAGCUCUCAGGAGACUGAUGUCAUAAAUGCGAUCUGUGAGGUCACAGGUUCAACAUGCCAUCUGAUCCUUAUAUCAAUAAACAUACAUUUUUUCCAUCUGUGCUUUCUUUG